GCCAUUUCUCCUCCACUUUGGAGGAUAUUUCCUCUUUUCUCGAUGGACUGGAGAAUCUCCCGGUCUUGCCCUUUCAAGAUCUCUCCUGCUAUCAAGAUAUUUUUUCUCUUUUCUCGAUGGACUGGAGGAUCUCCCGGUCUUGCCCUCUCAAGAUCUCUCCUGCUAUCAAGAUAUUUUUUCUCUUUUCUCGAUGGACUGGAGGAUCUCCCGGUCUUGCCCUCUCAAGAUCUCUCCUGCUAUCAAGGUAACAGUAUCCUGUGGAAGCCUUUUACAGGGUAUUCUAGUCCGAUAUUAAUAUCUUCCAGAUAUUUUUUCUCUUUUCUCGAUGGACUGGAGGAUCUCCCGGUCUUGCCCUCUCAAGAUCUCUCCUGCUAUCAAGGUAACAGUAUCCUGUGGAAGCCUUUUACAGGGUAUUCUAGUCCGAUAUUAAUAUCUUCCAGAAAUUUUUUCUCUUUUUUCGAUGGACUGGAGGAUCUCCCGGUCUUGCCCUCUCAAGAUCUCUCCUACUAUCAAGGUAACAGUAUCCUGUGGAAGCCUUUUACAGGGUAUUCUAGUCCGAUAUUAAUGUCUUUCAGAAAUUUUCUCUUUUCUCGAUGGACUGGAGGAUCUCCCGGUCUUGCCCUCUCAAGGUCUCUCCUGCUAUCAAGAUACCCCCUCUAACCGAGGAUCAAGUCCUCGGGGACGUAACUCAGCAGGUCCGACUUCUCCAGGGCCGCCGUCACGGCAGCCGCCGCCUUGUUGCUGAUGAUGACGACGGGCUGGUUCUGGGCGGGCCUCGUCGAAGACACCGGGGUCGGGAUGCAGGGCGCGGAAGGUGUCGCCGGGGGGGCCCCCGUGGAGACCAGCGGGCGGAUGGCGGCCGGGGACGGGGGGGGGUGGGUGGGCAGCAGCUCCUGGAAGGUCAGGCGGAUGGAGUGCUCGAUGGCCUCGUAGUUGUCGAAGAGGGUGCCAUCGAAGUCGAAGAUGACGAGUUGUUGGUAGAGAUACGCGGUCUGGCUCGUAGUGUAAUCAGAUAAUCUCUAGAAAUUAUACUGUUCA